AUGUCGUCGGCGUCGGUAUCGUCGCGCAUCCCUCCUCUCCUGGAUCCAUACCUUGCCCUCCCCCCCGAAGCCUCCCUGGUCCUGCUCACCAGCGUGCUGGGCGCGAGUUCCAACUGGCUCGUCCUGCGCUUCCUGCACCGCGCGCUGCUGGGCCCGGAUGCAUCCUCGAACGCGUCCGCGGAUGGGGAUACCAAGGUCCUGCUCGUGAGCUUCAUGCGGGAUCUGGCGUUCUGGAAGGAGAAUGCUAGGCGCUUGGGUCUCGAUCUUGAUAAGCUGGCUGCGAAGAAGAGGUUUGCGUUCGUGGACGGGCUGAGUGGACUGUUCUUGCCGAAGCAGAGAGCAUUGUCUGGCAGAGGCGGGGAGAAGAUUCUCAACAGUUCAGACUUGACCGCUCUGUAUGGAGAGCUACAACAGGCAAUCCAGUCGUUGGGGGAUGCAGGCAGGGUUUUACUGGUUGUGGAUCAACUGGAUCUGGUGUUGGCAACGGGCGGUGAUCGGGUUGACGCUGUGGGGUUGGGGGAGAUGCUUUUGGGAUUGCGUGAGCAUGUCCACGCAACAGUCUUGACUCUCUCGGCAGACUCCCCUCUGGUAUCAGUCCAGCAGACACCUCUGGAAACAGAUCAUGCAGCAUUCUUGUUGGGGAUGGCCCAUCAGGCAGAUCUCAUCAUGAGUUUAAGGCUAUUGGAUUCAGGGACGGCAAGGGAUGUCAGUGGCGUCGUGAGAAUUACAGCCGGAAACCAAACAGGGGAAAUGGACCAAGGUACCCAGCAAAGGGUAGAGGAGAAGGAAUUGCUGUAUUUUGUAGGCGGGGAUGGUGGGGUGAAAGUCUUCGAGAGAGGACAAUAGACGCAAGACAUUCCCUGCUCACUCUCGCCAACACUUGAGUCGAUUCACGCCAAUCUAGAGUGUGAACAUUCUUUGGAAAUGUCCUCUGAAUUGCUCUGUAUCCAUUGGAAAGCGUACCCUGCCCUGGCUUUGUAUCAUAUUGUUUUGCGUCCUUGAAUAAAAG